GGUGAGGGUGAGGGUGAGGGUGAGGGGCAGAGGUAGAGAUGAGCUAUGAUCCCCACUUGAAUAAGCCACCAAAAAAUGCAUUAAAAAAUGGGGAAGUUUUCAUUCUCCAACAUACUUAUGCUUCACUGAAACCUCUUUCUUCCCCACCAAACUGACAAACACAAAAGCUUAUCUUUUUCAAACGCAUUAUAUUUUUUCUUUCUGUCAACUGUUUUUGUUAUGUAUAUUUUAUUGUCUUUUUGGACAGCUACCUUUUCAUUCCCAUCUAUAAAAACUAUGGCUUUCUUCUGUUCUUUUUGAGGAAAAAACAGCGUUUGUUGUACUUCUUUCUCCAUUGCCAUUUCAAGUUUUUCCAAAUUAGGAAAGAGUUGGUUAGUGUCGUGCCAGAAUGACCAAAAAGAGUUCAAACAGCUGAAGAAAAGUUUGCAACUUGAAGCACAUCAAUCCUUUUCGUCUUUCGUCAUCGGUUCGGUAAGUUCGGUUAGCGUUAAGCUUCAUCGAAACGAGAAACAAGAAACAAGAGACGAUAUUUCAAGGAUUUGAGCUGAAAAUGGAUCAUUUGAGCUGGGAUGGAUACGGAUCAAGAGCUACAACGAACACGCCACCGCCGUCGUCGUCAUCGUUUUGGAGCAAUUUCCAACAAGGACAUGAACAAAGAUUCAUGAUGUCAAAUAAUUCAAAUUCUCUCAACUUCUUCAACUCAGUUCAAGAUCUCCCAACUAGCAACAUGGAUGUUGUUGGACUUGAAACACAGCUCCUCCCAAGCUUCAACGGCGAUAAAACAGCGACGGCGACAGCGGCAACAGCAGCGACAUGCUCUCUCGAGUCGUUGGACUGCUUACUUUCAGCUACAAACAGCAACACAGACACAUCAAUUGAAGAUGAUGGAUCAGUAUCAAUGAUGCUAUCAGAUUACACAAAUUUAUGGAACUUUGGAGGCAAUGCUGCACCAUCUUCAAAGAGAAGCCAUGAUCAAACUCAUAUCAAACCAACAGAGUACUCUGUUUUCUCAAACAACAUCAUAACUUUAUCUGAUUCAACUUCAAACAGUGAAGGUUUUAAGAUCAUAACAGAUCAAAAUCUGCCAAAACAAAAGAAACCCAGAUCAGAAAAGCCACCAAAUUCAUCAAACAUCAACUUUCAACAAUCAUGUUCAUCAGGAUCAUCAUGUAUUGAUCAAGAACCUGACCCAGAAGCCAUAGCACAAAUGAAGGAGAUGAUAUACAGAGCAGCAGCUUUCAGGCCAGUGAAUUUGGGGUUAGAAGCCAUAGAAAAGCCCAAAAGGAAGAACGUGAGGAUUUCAACAGACCCACAAACAGUAGCAGCAAGGCAAAGGAGAGAGAGAAUCAGUGAAAGAAUAAGAGUUUUACAAAGGAUUGUUCCUGGUGGAAGCAAAAUGGAUACUGCAUCAAUGCUUGAUGAAGCAGCAAAUUAUCUCAAGUUCUUGAAGUCUCAGAUCAAAGCAUUGGAAAAUCUUGGGCAAAAGAUUGAAUCUUUGAAUUGCCCAUCAAAUACCAUAGCUUUCUCUUUUAACCCAUCUUUUCCCAUACAAACUUCUUCAUCAUCUUCCUCCCAUAAUAAUUUCUCACUCCAAAAUCCUUAUGAUCAACUGAUGUAGCUCAAAUUUCUUGCUUCAUGUUUCAAUCAAUAAAUUCACCGACUCCCCGUUCGUUCUCAA